CCUUAACCCCCCAAAACCCCACACCCAAGCUCUCCGCAAACACCGGUGAUGGCUUUGUUGAUCCACCGCGCCCUCUCCAACAAAACCCUCCACCUCCGCUUCUUCUCCCAAGCUGCCCUGCCCCUCGACCUUUCACAUCCACCGUCUCCAUUGACCUACCUCGAAGGUUUCCCCAGGCCCGACCCCAAAUUCGCCGAGACUAUACUCGCGGUCCCACGCGCCACCUCCGGCAAAAACAUCUCCGCCAAAGAAAGAAAAGUGGGUCGGGUCCCCAGCAUCGUUUUCGAGCAAGAAGAUGGCCAACACGGAGGCAACAAGAGGCUCAUUUCUGUUCAGACCAAUCAGAUCAGAAAACUUGUAAAGCAUCUGGGCGAGUCGUUUUUCGUUUCUAGGCUUUUUGAUCUUGAGGUUCGAUCGGAGUUUGGGAGCGGUGAUUUGAUUGAAAAAGUACGGGUUCUCCCUAGGAAGCUUCACUUACAUGCGGGGACUGAGGCACCUCUUAAUGUGACCUUCAUAAGGGCGCCUUCCAAUGCUUUGUUGAAGGUGGAUAUUCCACUUGUAUUUAGAGGGGAAGAUGUCUGCCCUGGGCUAAGGAAAGGGUUGUACCUGAAUACCAUCAAGAGGACCGUUAAGUUCUUAUGCCCCGCGGAUAUUAUUCCUCCAUACAUUGAUGUUGAUUUAAGUGAGUUGGAUGGUGGUCAGAAGUUGGUAAUGGGAGACCUGAAGGUUCACCCUGCUCUAAAGCUUAUGCAGUCGAAAGAUGAGCCUGUUUGUAAGAUUAUGGGAGCCAGAGUUUCAGACCAACAGAAGAAGAAAUAAGGCCCUGGGUUCGGAUUUUGGGAAGCAUAGUAUUAAUAAUAUUUACCUCCACUUUUCGAAUGGAGCGUUGAGUGAGCUUAAAAUCGAUGCUCUCAUCCUUAUCAUUGUUCAUGGCACUUUGAAGUUUUUUAGUACCAGUAGAGAACCAAGCAUGGAGUGGUGGUGCAAUGACUC